AUGGCGUUCUGGAGUGGACGCCGAAACCAGGAGGGAGACGGUGAGGCAGCCCUAGUGCGACGGCUGGAUCUGUUUCUGCUCACCUUUGGCUGUUUAUCUCAAGUGAUCAAAUACCUGGAUCAACAGAACAUCAACAAUGCCUACGUCUCGGGAAUGAAGGAAGACUUGGAGCUCUAUGGCGACGAACUGAACUACUUCACAACGUACUUCAAUAUCGCGUACGGGCUCAUGCUUAUCCCAUCCCAAGUCAUCCUGACCUAUGUCCGUCCCAGUGCGUGGUUGUCUGGACUGGAGAUCGUCUGGGGUCUUCUGACUGGCCUGGUUGCGACGACCAGCAACGCGAGACAGGUUUACGUUCUGCGGUUCUUCCUGGGCUUGUGUGAGAGCAGUGCCUGGCCGGGUAUGAUGACGUUGUUCAUGUACUGGUAUACCCCCACCGAGCUCGCAAAACGAAUGGGAUUCUACCAUUCCUGCCAGGCCGUCGGCCAGAUGAUCUCGGGCGCUCUGGGGGCCUCCAUCGUUCGACUGGACGGCGUCGCGGGACUGGCGGGCUGGCGCUGGUUAUUUGUGAUCAACGCCCUGAUCACCAUCGUCUGGGGACUCGCGGGCUUCUUCAUGAUCCCUGAUUUGCCCAACAGGCCGAACCGUCUGGCGUCCUGGUUCCGACGGAGCCACGCCGAGCUGGCGAUGGAUCGGCUCGCGCGACAUGGUCGCUCGGAGCCGAAGCAGAUGACGUUGACCGGUAUCCGGCGAACGUUUUCUGGCUGGGUCGUCUAUUUCAUCGCGACGCUCUACAUUGCGACCGUCCUGGGGACAACGGGGUACAGCUACUUCAACUUGUUCCUGCGAUCGCUCCAGAAGGAAGAUGGCAGCCCGCGGUGGAGCGUGUCGCAGGUGAACUCGAUCCCGAUCGCCGGAUCGGCCAUCAACGUCGUCUUCGUCUGGAUCUGGGCCAUCCUAUCCGAUGUCCUGCAGACCCGCUGGAGACUCAUCGUUAUCCAAGCGUGCAUCGGAAUCAUCCCCUGUAUCGUGAUGAGUAUAUGGACGUCUCACCCGUUGUCCAUGGCCAUCUCGGGUGCAUACGCCUCCUACUUCAUCUCGUAUACCUGUCUUGGCACCGCCCCGCUCAUUCUAUCAUGGGUAUCGGAUCUCCUCCCCCAAGACCCCGAAGCCCGCUCGUUGAUCGUCGGGGUGUCGGUUGCGGGGUAUUACGCCGUCUCGGCCUGGUCGCAGGUCUUGCUCUGGCCGGCCUCGCAGGCGCCAUACUACCGGUACGGCUGGGAGAGUGCAUUUCUCUUGUUGCUGUUGACCAUCGCCAUGACGUACCUCCUCCAUCGGAUCGACGUGGGAUACCUCCGGAAAAGGGGGGCCCAAGAAGCAGUCAGUCGUGGAGAGACGCCCCAGGCGACCGAUCCGCUGCUAGGCGAUCAGAGUAAAUAG